AUGGCUUCCCGACCGCCAGAUAUGGGAGACUCUCCAGGCGAGACGCGCCCAUCUUCUCCGGCGGAGAGUGACGAUGAGACGUUCUCGAGGCUGGAGCAGGACCCGACGAUGACGGUCAGGAAUCAAGCGCCCUACCGUUUCAAUUGGGCCAAGGCUGGACGAACGAGCAUGUCUGAGGCGACGGAGAGUCGUGUUGAUUUGAAUGAAGGGCAUGUUGGACUGGGUACCUUGAUGCAAGCGAUGGGAUCUACCCUGAAUCUAUCUGCUUUUCCGGCAGAAUGGAGCUCGAGCAGGACGGGAUUCAAUGCGAUAUCUACCGUACUCAACAAUCCACAUCAUAAGCCGGCACCAUUGCGUCCGUCACGAGUUCCGUUACCUUCAGUGCCUCCAGCAGAUCUUCCGCGUGUACGACGCAAGGACUUCGAUGCGUACUUGAAGAGUGUCUCUCCCGAAUGGGCAAAGUUCGAGAAGACACUUCGGGAAAGAAGAGUCAAUCCGUCUAGCUCGGGCCACAUAACACCAAUGGGUUUUGGUACGAGCAGCCCGGGGCCAUCAAGUUCCACAUCCUCGCUUCCGCCGCUCAGUUUAGUCCCUCCCGUCUACUUCGAUCCAGAGUUCAACAUCGGUAACCCGCGAACGUUUGCCGCAGUCACUGAGCAAGAGAACGAGAUGUCGCGCUCUGUCGUGCUGGGUGAAGAAGACAUUGCCAUGAGUACAGCGGCGCAGGAGAAACUUUCUCAGUAUAUGGAUGUCGUUGAGCAGCACCUCGUGCAGGAAAUCGCCCAAAGAUCCACGUCCUUCUUCGCGGCACUUACCAACCUGCAAGAUCUUCAGACUGAGGGACAACAAUGCUUAACACGAAUAUCCAAGCUGCGGGCGGAGCUGAAAGAGGUUGACGAUAAACAGGCGAUUAAGGGCUUGGAGGCCGUUCGGCUCCAGGUGAAAAGAGACAACAUCGGGCAGGUAAUGGCAGCCGUCAAAUCCAUUCGUGAAGUUGGGGAGACAGUGGGCAUGGCGAAGCAUCUCAUUGGAGGAGGUGAAUACUUCGAGGCGCUGGGUCUCAUCGAGGAUGUUGAAGAGUCUUUGGCACCCGCCCCCUGGCGGGUCCCAGAAACACCAUUUCCCUUCACACCGCUUCCGAACGGAUCGACCGACAUGUCUACCCCGGUUUCUCCGAUCACACCUGUAACUCCAAAAUUACGAAUCCCAAAACAGCGCUCGCCGGCUUUUGAUUUGGCCGCACUGAAGGCGCUAUCUUCCUUACCAGAGCACCUGCGCGAACUCUCAUUUGCAAUCAGCAAUUCUCUUGAAACGGAUCUGGUUGGGGUGUUGCGCGCUGAUCUUAGCACACGAAUACGACUCAGCGCUCCUGAAGAUGUCGCAUCGGAGAAUGACCCUGUCUUCAGCAUCCAGGAAGCAACCGAGCUUCGAGAUCGACUCAUACCCAUGCUGCAGGGCCUGCUACGUGUGAAAGGUGUUGCUUUAGCGAUGAAGUCAUAUCGGGAAGCCGCAUUAGCGGAGGUAAAGACGACGGUCAAAAUGCAUCUACCCUCGUCGGACGGAGAGGAAGACGACCCAUCUGGGAAGCCCCAAGCACCCAAGCCGUUAGCAGAGCGGAAUGCUGCUCUGGCGAAAGAGCUGCGAGAGCUGCCACUGCAGGAUUAUCUGGAUCUGUCUAAGCGUCUAUAUGACAGUCUCAUCCGGUGCAUCAAAGCUGCUAAUUUGCAUACGGAGCUUGUCUGGAGCAUCAUACAACCUAUGUUACCUCCUACUGGGCAGACAAACUCAAACACGAAAAUCCCCACCCUCUCAGAUCUCGGUGUCGACCACCUGUUGAGCGAUCUGUCUGACAUAGUGGUCGCGGUAGCGGAAGCGACCAAUUCCAGAGUGUCUCGAAUUGUAGCUCUACGACAGGAACAACAUUCCGCACUGGACUUGAAGGAUUUCAUGCCGGUCUUCAAUGUCUCUUGGGAUUUCGUGAUCAAGUGCGAGACACUCAGUCAAAGGAUGAUUCCCAGUCUAAGAGGCACCAUGAUCUCCCAGAGUAAAGCUUUCCUGCUGUCCUUCCAUGCUUCGCGCCUUACUCAGUCUGCCACUCUGGUGGAGAACGAGCAGUGGGUUCAGGUGGAAGUAUCCGCCGCAUCACAACAUAUCGUUCAGAUUAUCGUGGACUGCGCAAUCAGCGACCCUCCAGAGCUCACCCAAGCAGCAGGUGCAACCACAAACGGUACAAUAAGUGGCAAACCGACGAAGCACAUCCGCGUGGAAGACAAUGCGUACUAUGUUGUAUCCGCGACUCUGGACGUCUUGAAGCUAGUCCUUGACUACUUACGGGUCAUGAUCGCAAUGUCCAUGCUGACUCCGGACGUUAUGUACCGUAUCAUCGAGUUCCUGAAGGCAUUCAAUUCUCGCACUUGCCAAGUCGUUCUGGGUGCUGGUGCGAUGAGAUCUGCAGGUUUGAAGAACAUCACGGCGAAGCAUCUCGCCCUUGCUUCACAAUCUCUCUCUAUUAUAAUAUCUCUUAUUUCGUAUGUCCGCGAGGCCUUUCGACGACAUCUCAGCCCUACACAAGCGGUCAUGCUAACAGAAUUUGACAAGUUAAAGAGGGACUACCAAGAGCACCAAAACGAGAUUCAUGCCAAACUCGUUGCCAUCAUGGGCGACCGGCUUGCAAUCCACGUCAAGUCCCUUCUGGACAUGCAGUUGGAUGCGCCGAAGAACGACCACGGAGCGAGCCCUUACAUGGAAAUGAUUGUAAAGGAAACCGUCACUUUGCACAAGGUCCUAUCCCGUUAUCUCUCUGCCGCAGUCGUUGAGUAUGUGAUGGAACAAGUGCUGGGAACGACGAAUACCCGCUUGGGGGAGGAAUACGGAAAAAUCGAACUACCUAGCAAGGACGCUAAAGCAAGACUUCUGCAGGAUGCACGCUAUUUCGGUGACAAGCUCGGGUCACUUCGCGGUGUGAACAUGCCCUCGCCUGGGAUGCUAGAGCAUGUGCUAACAGAGCGGUCCGCUGCGGGAGAGACUCCCUCUUCGCCUCCGCCGAUAAUGCCAAGGAAAUCUCCCUUCGUUGGUCGGCGUGCGUUCAGUGCUCUUCUGCACCGUGCUACUGUUGAGAAGAAGGAUGAUGCUUCACCGUCUAACUCACCUCUACCGGAGAAGCACGUCGACGGCAGAAGAGAUGAAGCAAUGUCUCCGGUACCCGAGAAAGAAGGUCCAGCUGCCAUGGGGUCGGUCGUUGCUGAUUCCGAGGAUGUAACCCCCGCUGCGGAUGAUCGUGUCGUCGACCUUCAAAGUCCGGCACCGUCCGGUAGAGACCGAACGAUGCCGAGCUCAUCACAUGUCGAUCAUGUCGCUGAAAAUGGCCAGCCCACAGAACACCAAGAAACAUUACCGGAGAACGGUGAACUUGAGAACGUAUCCAAGAGCGCGGCUUUGCCGGAGACCCCUGAAGUACCCCCGGAUGUUGCCGAUAAACGCUUGAACAAGGAAAUACCCCCUUUACCUCAAAAUUCCCAGGACGACGCAGACCAUGAGGCGCCCGAGAACUCCUUGUCCGGUUUACCUCCAUUACCGCUCUCCCCUACGGACGAAGCGCAAAACCCCCUACUGACAGACGGUGUUGCCGAUGUCGUGCGAUCUCUCGAUACUGUGGCGGAAACAAUGCCGUCGAGCGAGCCUCCUCGAGAGGAGGUGAUCGCAGCCGGUUGA